AUGAUGACGACCAAACUCCCUGUGUUGGACCCGUCAAGACCAAGACCACGGCUUCGCGAGUGUAUCCUGGGAGCGCCGGACGAGCCUGGUUGUUACAUCUUCGAGUCGGGGGAUGGGCGCAAGCUGUAUAUCGGCAAGAGCGUUAACCUAUCCUCGAGGGUGCAAAGCUAUUUCAGCAGCAGCAGCAGCGCAGGCAACGGCGCUGAACAUGCGGUGCGUCCCGGACGGAGUCUGUCGCGCCGCAUCGCGGUUAUGACAGAUCUUGUAGAAAGAAUCGACUACAUUGUCACGGCGUCAGGAGCGGAAGCUCUUCUGCUAGAGGCGUCCCUGAUCCGACAGCACCAGCCACCGUUCAACGUCCUCCUCAAGGACGACAAGCAAAAUUACCCGUACGUCUGCGUCACCUGGAGCGAGCCUUACCCUCGUGUCCUCAUCACCAGAGACAAGCCACGUCGCGGUGGAGGGUCAGAGGACCGCUACUACGGACCCUUCGUGGACGCAGGACAGGUCAAGUCCACCGUCGCUCUCGUCCGACGCGUACUCCCCCUGCGCGAACGCGCCCGUCCCCUCUACAAGGACAAGCCUUGCCUGAACUACGACAUGGGCAUCUGCCCGGGGCCUUGCCAAGGUCUCGUUUCUGAGGAGGAUUAUGCCGAGACGGUUCGGCUGGCGGAAAUGGUAUUCCGGGGCGAGGGCAGCCAACUCCUUUCCACGCUCCAAGGGCGCAUGGAGAGCGAGUCUCGCGCAGAGAGGUUCGAGCGAGCAGGGGAGAUCAAGGCACAAAUGACCCUUGUGCGGGGGGGGCUGUUGGGGUCAUCGCUGCAUUUUUCAGCCGGGGGCGUAGCUGCUGGCGGCGGAGGGGACCGAGGAGGACUCCAGCCCAGAGGAGACGGCGCCAGGGCUUCCUCGGCGGAAGGCGGCGGGUCCCGCAGGGACGUUGUGGCGGUGGGGCUGGCGGGAGACUUGGCGUGCUUCCAGGUGUUCCAGGUGCGAGGCGGCCGUCUCAUUGGCCGGCUGGGCUUCACGUACAGGGUGGAGGAGGAAGGAUUGUCGAGAGGAGAGGUCCUGCAGGCGUGCCUGGAGCGUUACUGGGGGGACGUGCUCAUGUCCGCGCGGACCGCAGCGGGCGGGGUAGGAGACGAGAGGGGCGACAAUCUUCCAUCCCGGACAUUGAACGGCAACCCCGGGGCUAAAGGAGGAAGAGGAGGGGGCUUUUCUGUUCUGCAUGUGCCAGAAGAAAUCGUGACGGCGGACGCGCUGCCCGAUGGUGGGGCGGUCCUACUCGCGGAGCUCCUUUCUGGCGCCAGGAAAGCAGCAGCCGACGCGCAGCGCGGGGCACAAGCGACCGGUCCGGGCGAAGGCGGUUCUCCUAGAGACCUGACGACGGAGAAAGCAACAACUGGGAAGACGGCGCGGAGCAAGAGGUCGGUGGAUAAGAGUUACCCGCCAGCGGUCGCGGUGAGGGUCGUUCACGGCGAGAGCGGCGCGGGGGAGCGGCACCAUUUGUGUGUGAUGGCGCUAAAGAAUGCAGAGCUCGAAGCGAAGCGCCUGCUUCGGGGCGGCGAAUCGAUCGCGCGGGGUUUGUCCCAGCUCGCGCGGAUGCUGGGCCUUGGCUCGAACCCCGCUCGGAUAGAGGGCUACGACGUAAGCCACACCGGGGGCGGAAACGCGGUGGCUUCCCUGGUCUGCUUCUUGGACGGCAAGGCCAGCCCCAAGGACCACAGGCGGUACAGAAUCAGAUCGCCCGGAAUCAGGAAGGGGCAUUCCGACGACUACGCCAGCCUGAGAGAGGUGAUCGCCCGACGGUUUUCGCCUCCGACUCCCUCUCUUCGAUCGCCACGGCCACCCUCACAAGCCAAUCCGGUGCCUGAGCUAGUCCUCAUCGACGGCGGGAAGGGCCAGCUGGCCGCGGCCCUGGAAGGAGCCGCGAUAGCGGCCGAUGCGUGGCUAUCUGUCGAGCGUGGGGGAACGACCACGCUCACUGGCUUCGAUACCGAGCCCGCCGUCGGCGCAGCGGCCGCCGUUGACACCAAGUCCCCUGGCGCACCACCGGUAGAAAGCAGAGAGCUUGCCGGGACGCCCCUCCUCGACGACGCAGUGCGAAGGGACGAAGCAUCUUGGUCGGCGUUACCCCCGCUGCUGGGGGAGAGGACAGCCCAGGAGGAAGACCCCGACGCGGUUUUGUCGACGGCGGCGGUUCCCCCGCCGGAGCCGUCGGACGGGGACGUGGCAGGUGCUCGGAGCGUAGGCGUCGGCGGGGGAAGGAGAGUCACGUUUGUUUCCUUGGCCAAGAAAGAAGAGGAGGUUUACGUGCCUGGGUCGAGUGAACCACUGGCGGCCGCUCUCGAGGCGGGUCCGUCUUCGCCGGGGGUAAUGGUCUUGCGGCAGGUGCGAGAUGAGGCCCACCGUUUUGCCGUGGCGUACCACCGCAAGCUCCGUGGCAACGACAUGUUCCUGCCAGGACGGGGUACUGUUGCGACGGAAGAAACAGAUAGCGUCAACGGUGGCGGUGGACAGCAAGAUUUCGCGGCCAUCGCAGGACUAUCCUCCAAGGCUAGGCACGAGCUCACGAUCACCUUUGGCUCUCUGGAAGGAGCAAGGAUAGCGGGAGAGGCGGAAUUGAGGAGAAUACCCGGGAUCGGCCCGGUUCUCGCAAAGAGAAUUCUGGCGUGA